CAUUGUGAAUGUUAAAAGAGAGAAAGGUUUACCAGACGUGACAAUAGGAAACACACUGAGAAGGUGAUCAGGAUUUCAUGAGGGAAAAUCUAAACGACUAAACUUAAAAGUUAAGAUCAUCCCUAAGCUGGAUUACAGUUGAUCUCGAUAAAAGAAGACUGAAGAAUCAUGUGGAAUUUGUGUGUGUGUCUUUGUGUGUUUGCAAGCUCCCUGCAAGCCAAGCCUCUUGGUAAUAAUAGCUGCUUAGGUCACAGCAAGGUGCUGCUGGUUUCUUUUGAUGGCUUCAGGUGGGAUUAUGACAGGACUGUGGUUACGCCUCACCUUGACCAAAUGGCUGAAGAUGGGGUCAAAGCCCCUUACGUAACUCCAGCCUUCGUUACCAUGACCAGUCCUACUCACUUCACAAUACUUACAGGUAAAUAUAUUGAAAAUCAUGGUGUGAUACACAACAUGUGGUUCAACACCAGCACGUCGGAGAAGAAGCCAUACUACCAAACUCAGUUUGUGAACGAGUGGUGGGAUAAUGGCAGCCUGCCCAUCUGGAUCACUGCUCAAAGACAGGGUCUCCGGGCCGGCUCACUUCACUUCCCUGGCACGGCUUCAACGUAUGAUGGUGAAAAAGCACUAAUGUCUGAAGUGGAGCCUCGCUUCUAUAACUAUAGCAAUGAGACAGCGUGGCGCCAGAACAUUGACAAGAUCUUGGGUGACUGGUUUGGGGAAAAAGACCUGGACUUUGUCUCCUUGUAUUUUGGAGAGCCAGACAGCACAGGCCACAAAUAUGGUCCAGACUCUGAGGAGGUAAAGGAGAUGGUGAGACAGGUGGACCGAACUGUGGGCUAUCUGAGAGACUCUGUUGACCGCAACGGCCUCACACAGUGCCUUAAUAUUAUCAUCACUGCAGACCAUGGCAUGACCACAGUGUUACGUAAUGGUGCAGUGAAUGAGAUUGUACUUUCUAAGAUCCCAGGAUUCUCGUUUCAAGAUCUAGACUUCACUCUGGUGGACUAUGGGCCAAGUGGUUUGCUCCUCCCUAAAACUGGAAGGCUUGAAAAAGUGUACAAUGCCCUGAAGGGUGCUCAUCCUCACCUCCAUGUCUACAAGAAAGAGGAAAUGCCCCCCAGGCUGCACUUUGCCCAGAAUAACCGCAUACUGCCCAUCAUCCUAUGGGCCGACUUGGGAUAUGUAAUUAAUGGAUUAUUACCAGUGCAGUUCAAUAAAGGAGAACAUGGCUUUGACAAUGACUAUAUGGACAUGAAGCCAUUCUUCCGUGCAGUGGGACCUGCCUUCCGGAAGAACUUUACGGUGGAGCCAUUUGAGACAGUACACAUAUAUUCACUGAUGUGCCACCUGCUGGGCAUCACACCCGAACCCAAUGACGGACACCUGAACGCAACGCGUGCCAUGCUGGUCUCCUCUGUGCAACCAGAGGGUUCUACAGAAAAAACCUCAUCUGUUAUAUCCGGAGCGUUCAUUGGGCUUGGUGCUGUGGCAGGUUUGCUGCUGAUCAUGUUUGUUGUGGUGGUGACCUACAGUGUCCUUAACCGAAGGGGGGAAAAACAGAGAGCUGGUAGUUUUGAAAAUGCUGAAGGUGAAGACACUAAACAAACAUCAUUUUAGACAGCUGUUGCAUCCGUUCCUUUCUUUGCCCGGGCCAUUAGGCAGGAAAUUAUAAAUAUCAGUCUAUGUAUUAAAACAUCUAUAAAAACUACACACUUAUUGUGUAUAUUAUUUAAAUAAUACAAAGUUUUAAAAUAAUUAUUUAUUUAAAACUGUAAUUGUCAAAGUUCCCUUACUGACCAAUAUGUUUUUAAAUGUUCAUAUAAAGCUAAAUAUAGAUGUUUAAACACUUUCUAUAUCAACAUUCAUGUCAAUAGUUUUUAAAUAUCCGAAGAAUU